UUUCAAGAUGGCAGCUUCCAUGAUGUAAACGUCUGAUAUACGUAUCUUAGCAAAUUGUUGAUUAUCUUGGGUUUUUUGAGAUCUAAUUGAGUGAGGACUGAUUGAGAUUCACGAUGUCGUUGGCUGAUGAGUUACUGGCCGACUUUGAGGAUGACGAUGUUGAACACAAUGCAGGGGAUGAUGAGAUGGACGUUAUUGCGGAGGUUGAUGAAGUUGUUCCUGAGGUCGAUUACCGGAGUAAAGAAUCCGUAAAACACAUCGCUAAGCUCCGAGAUGGACCUGACCUAGCACGCAUUAUGACAGAAAUAAAGAAAUACGCAGGUCAACCACGCAGAGAGAAAGUUGCUGGACCUGUAGAGGCAGACCCGGAGUAUCAGCUGAUCGUGGAGGCCAACAACAUCACAGUGGAGAUUGACAAUGAGAUCAACGUGAUUCACAAGUUUACAAGAGACCAUUACUCCAAGAGAUUUCCUGAGCUCGAGUCUCUGGUCCCCACACCCCUAGAAUACAUCAGAACUGUACAGGAACUUGGAAACAAUAUCCUUGAGAACUCCAAAAGUAAUGAAGUGUUGCAAGAGAUUUUGACUCCAGCUACAAUAAUGGUUGUCAGUGUGACAGCAUCAACUACACAGGGCUCAGAACUGUCCCCUGAAGAAUUGGCUGUCGUUAAUGAAGCCUGCAAAAUGGCAGUGGACCUCACAGAGUGUAAAGCCAAGAUCUUUGAAUAUGUCGAGUCUCGAAUGUCCUUCAUAGCUCCCAAUCUGUCAAUCAUUGUAGGGGCCUCCAUAGCAGCCAAACUCAUGGGAAUUGCUGGUGGCCUGACCAAUUUGUCCAAGAUGCCAGCGUGUAAUAUACAGAUUCUAGGAGCUCAGAAGCGAACCUUAUCUGGAUUCUCCACCGCUGCCGUUCUCCCUCACACUGGACACGUUUAUUACAGUGAAAUAGUACAGAAAACUCCCCCGGACUUGAGGAAGAAGGCCGCACGCCUGGUGGCUGCUAAGUGUACUCUAGCCGCCCGCGUGGACAGUUUCCACGAGAGCGUCGAUGGAGCUAUUGGAGACAGCCUGAGGGCAGAGAUAGAACAGAAACUGGACAAACUGCAGGAACCACCCCCCGUCAAAACUGUGAAGCCUCUCCCAGCUCCCAUAGAACAGUCCCGCAAAAGACGUGGAGGUCGAAGAGCCAGGAAAAUGAAGGAGAGGUUAGGAUUAACAGAGGUCAGAAAGGCAGCCAACAGAAUGAACUUUGGAGAGAUUGAAGAAGAUGCCUAUCAGGAUGACCUAGGAUUUUCUCUGGGAGCUCUGGGAAAAUCCCAAUCUGGCAAGAUCCGGGGUCCAGUGGUUGACUCCAAAACCAAGGCUCGAAUCUCUAAAACACUACAGGCUAAAGUUCAGAAGCAGAACAAUGUAUGGGGAGGCAGUACGACUGUAAAACGACAGAUUGCUGGAACAGCAUCCAGUGUGGCCUUCACCCCAUUACAGGGUCUGGAGAUUGUAAAUCCACAAGCUGCAGAGAGAAAAGUUCAGGCAGCCAACGCUAAAUACUUCUCCAGCACAGCAGGCUUCCACAAACUCAAAAAGGAGGAAACGUGAAGCAAAUAAAUGACUUUUAUAUAUGUAACUGUUGUACACAUGUAAGGGUGUUUGUAUGUAUGUGUUAGAGCAAUUUUACUUGUUUUGGGUUGAUUUGAAACAAAUAAUCUCUAAUUACAUGGGAUUGACACAGAUGAUUGUGACAUUAUAUAGACAAUGUGUGUCUAGAUCAUGAUUUACUGACACACAUCACAAGACAGUGAAAUAUACAUCAUUGCUUCCCAAAAAUACCUAUUUUUCAUCACAUACAGUGUACAUGUUUUGUAUUCUGAAUCAUAAAUGCUGUUAUAAGUGUAAAAACUAAAAAAAGACCAGUAAGAGGUCUUUAAGAAUGUCAAACAUUUCUAUAAAGUUGAACAUCUGAAAUGUUAUUACCUGGAUUAAAACAUUUCUAUAAUAUGGAA